UCAAGGCCCAGCCCAGACCAACCAACAUACUCUAGUUCAACUACGGGACCGAGAUGAGUUCACUAAAUCCAAUUUCAUAAAACCGUCUGAAGUCCGGUUCAAGUGCUGACAACACCAGAAUGUACGACGUCGAUGAGUUUCCUUUCCCCUCUCUCUCUCUCACUUGGAAGUCGGAACUCGAGAAUCGAGUGUGAGUGAGUGAGUGGAAGUGUGGAACUGUGACUGAGAUACAGAGAACGAGGGUGAAUAUCUCGGCAAAGCCAAAACCAAUACUAUAAUCGGAAUUUCUGCCCGAAGGAAAAGGGGUGGGGGUGAAGCAAUCAAGCAAGAGAGAGAAAAAUAAAGAGAAGGUAAGGAGUAAAGUUGUGGUCGGAGGAGGGGAAGAAUGGCGAAAGGAUUUGUAUUUGCGACUCCGGUGGUGGUGCUAAUACUGCUACUUCUUUUCUAUGCAGAACUCUGCAGGGCAAGUACAAUUGGAGUCUGCUAUGGAAGAAAUGCUGAUGACCUUCCUACCCCUGAUAAAGUAGCCCAAUUGGUUCAAUUACACAAAAUUAAAUACCUGAGGAUUUAUGAUUCCAACAUUCAGGUUCUCAAGGCCUUUGCUAACACUGGGGUAGAACUCAUGAUAGGGAUUCCAAAUUCUGAUUUGCUUCCAUUUUCCCAGUUUCAAGCCAAUGCAGAUACAUGGCUUAAAAACAGCAUUCUCCCCUACUACCCUGCCACAAAGAUUACAUAUAUUACAGUUGGUGCUGAAAUCACUGAAAACCCUUCAAAUGUCUCUGCUCUUGUCAUACCUGCCAUGCAAAAUGUCCACACUGCUUUGAAGAAAGCUGGCCUGCAUAAGAAGAUCAAAGUCUCCAGUACUCACUCACUCAGGGUCUUGUCUAGAUCUUUCCCACCAUCUGCUGGGGCCUUCGACCCCAAGUAUGCCUUCUUCUUGAAACCCAUGUUGGAAUUUCUUGCAGAGAAUGAGUCCCCUUUCAUGGUUGAUAUCUAUCCUUAUUAUGCUUAUAGAGACUCCCCUACAAAUGUUUCUCUGGAUUAUGCUCUGUUCCAGUCAUCCUCAGAAGUUAUUGAUCCAAACACCGGUCUGCUUUAUACAAGCAUGUUUGAUGCCCAGAUUGAUGCUCUCUAUUUUGCAUUGAUGGCUUUAAAUUUUAGAACUAUAAAAAUCAUGGUUACUGAGACUGGGUGGCCUUCCAAAGGAUCACCCAAAGAAACAGCUGCAACUCCCGAUAAUGCUCAAACCUACAACUCCAAUCUCAUUCGCCAUGUCAUUAAUGAUACUGGAACUCCAGGAAAGCCCGGGGAGGAGCUUGAUGUCUAUAUUUUUUCAUUGUUCAAUGAGAAUAGAAAACCUGGCUUGGAAUCUGAGAGGAACUGGGGCUUAUUUUAUCCUGACCAAACUAGUGUAUACAGCCUUGAUUUCUCUGGAAGAGGGGCUGUUGACAUUACACAGGCAAACAUUACAAGUUCAAACGGAACCUGGUGCAUUGCUUCAUCAACUGCUUCAGAACUGGACUUGCAAAAUGCUUUAGAUUGGGCUUGUGGUCCUGGGAAUGUGGAUUGUUCAGCUAUUCAGCCUAGCCAGGCCUGUUAUCAGCCAGAUACUUUACUCUCCCAUGCAUCAUAUGCAUUCAACAGCUAUUACCAGCAAACUGGAGCCACUGAUGUUGCUUGUAGCUUUGGAGGUACAGGGGUGAAAACUAAUAAGAACCCAAGCUACGACAACUGCUUGUACAUGACAUUUGGGAGCAACACGAGUGCUGCAAAUAAUGUGACAGCAUCCCCUUCAAGUUCAUCUUCUAUAGAAUUCAAUAUAACUGCAUGGAUAUCUGGUUGCCUAGUUGUGGUUUUCCUCUCAUUAUUCUGACAUUGUGGCCAUAUCCAAAUAAGCCUGGUUCCAGAAGCCUGUGGAGUUUUUUGCAGAGAAGAGGUAUCCUGCUGCAUGCAGGUAGAGACGACAAGGAGGGAAUUGCAAGACAAACCUCUUAUCUUUUGUAUUUGUAGAGUGAUCUGUUUCCAUUUGUUUUAAUACAUGAAAAAUUGGUCUGUCCAAGAGAUAGGAUUGGUUGUAGAUCUGUGUUGCUCAUAUGUGGAAAUGUGACAAUGGGUAGUAAACGAGUAUAGGAAUAAUUUGGUGUCAUUUAAGAGUUCUUGUAUAUCAAUUGACAAAUCAAGGUCCUAUCUCAAAACUUAUGGUUGCUUUGAUUA